ACGAAUAGGGCCACACAUCUAUGACGUUCCAGAUGACUUUAUCAUAAAACUCGAUGCAACGAAUUGCCCUAUGUACGAGCCUGUCGACAACAAAUUAUGGAUCCUGUGCGCCGGAAGCAGCACUACUACACAUUUUACACUUGAUCGGAUAUACGAAGUCCUUCUGGAAUCUGAGACCUGCAACCAUAUUUGGGAUCUAUUCGAAAAAUCCUUUUUAUUUUCGAUUUCCCGGACGUCGAAGAUAGAAGAAAUAUGCUCGGUUAAGCCAGGUGUCUAUACAGUCCCUAGCGGUAAGAAGCGUGUUAUGACUUGUUAA